GGGAGUUCAGUUUCUGAUCUUUACUUGACACCUCUCCAGCACUGUUUUAUUUUGCUCUUCCCGUUUCCAUCCCUGUUUGAGGUUUCUGUCUGUAUCACAGCAGGUGAUGCAAUGGAUUGUGAGAAAGAGGAGCAGAAUUCUCAGCAGGAAAAUGUUGAGCAAGUGAAUAAACACAGAGAAUUAUCGCAAAGAUCGAAAAGGAAUGUGUCCAGGAGUUAUGAGCUCGGAAAAUCCUGUGAGAUUCAGCACGGACCAGAAAGAGAACAGGGAAGCCAGCCAGGGGAGAAAGUGGGUAAAUGUAUCUCCUGUCCAGGAACUCAGAAAGACCUUAAGGAAACCACAACACAACAGGAAAUCCUCAGGGGAAAGAGAAAAAAUACAUGCACUGAGUGUGGGAAAAACUUCCGUGACUAUUCAGCCCUUAUUAGUCAUCAGAGAAUCCACACAGGGAAGCGGCUGUAUGAAUGCAGUGAGUGUGGGAAAAUCUUCACUCCUAGAUCACAGCUUAUUAGGCAUCAGAGAAUCCACAGAGGGGAGCGGCCCUAUGAAUGCAGUGAGUGUGGGAAAAGCUUCACUCAGAGAUCACACCUUACUAGGCAUCAGAUAAUCCACAGAGGGGAGAGGCCCUAUAAAUGCAGUGAGUGUGGGAAAAGCUUCACUCACAGAUCAGGCCUUUCUGAACAUCAGAGAAUCCACACAGGAGAGCGGAUCUUUGAAUGCAAUGAGUGUGGGAAAAGCUUCACUCAAAGAUCAGGUCUUUUUCAACAUCAAAGAAUCCACACAGGGGAGAGGCCCUAUGAAUGCAGUGAGUGUGGGAAAAGCUUCACUCACAGAUCAGUGCUUUCUGAACAUCAGAGAAUCCACACAGGGGAGCGGCUCUAUGAAUGCCGUGAAUGUGGGAAAAACUUCAAUCACAGCUCACACCUUAUUAGGCAUCAGAUAAUCCACACAGGGGAGCGGCCCUUUGAAUGCAGUGUGUGUAGGAAAAACUUCACUCAUAAAGCAGCCCUUUCUGAACAUCAGAAUAUCCACACCGGUGUGAGACCCUAUGAAUGCAGUGUGUGUGGGAAAAACUUCACUCACAGAUCAUCCAUUAUUAGGCAUCGGAGAAUCCACAAAGGGGAGAGGCCCUUUGAAUGCAGUGAGUGUGGAAAAAGCUUCACUCAAAGAUCAGGUCUGUUUCAGCAUCAGAGAAUCCACACAAGGGAGAGACCCUAACACUGCACUACAUGUGGGACUGCCUUCUCUUUGCACUCAGACCAUGUUAGGCAUCAGAGAAUCUGCAAGGGGGCUCAACAUGAUAAAAACGUCUAGAGUUACCAUUAUUUUUUUUUCUUUAAUACUUUUCCUGAUUCCCACAUAGCAACUUUUAAAGCUGUUUGACUGUUUGCAGCACUGUUAUCCCAGUUUGUCUAGUUGAUUGGCCCAUUUUUGCCUUUUGCAGUUCUCCCUGUUUUGAGGUGGACAAAUAGGUCUCUCAUUUGAGUGUGCCCUUCCUAUUGGGAACCAGGGAGCAUCACAUUAGGUAAUAAAAAGGUAAUAAUUGGAGAUAUACCCAUCUCCUAGAACUGGAAGGGACCUUGAAAGGUCAUUGAGUCCAGCCCCCUGC